AAAAAAAGCGCUCUGACUUCCGAUUGGCUCGCGUUUGGGACUCUAUUUCCGGUUCGCUCCAUUGCGCAUGCUCAGUGACCCUGAGGAGUAAAAAUCCGUUUAGUGAUAUUUUAAAAUGGCCCCCACCACAGAGGCUCCAGCUCCUGCAGCAGCUCCAGCGCCUUAGCUACAUCUCCAACUCCCGGUCUGAUUCCUGGACAGAUAUCUCAGCUCAGAGAAAGAGAGAGAGAGAGAGAGUGAGAGAGAGGGAGGAGGAGGAGGAGGAGAAAGACUGAAAUAUUUCUUUAGUCGGUUGGAGUUUGUUUUACGAACUAGCUUCUAAGCUAAGCUAAGCUAAGCUACAUGUUUACUUGGCCGGCUAGCUAGUAACGUAAAGAUUUUUUUUCUUUGCUAAAUGCUAGCUAGCUCGUGCGGCUAAGUUACUUUAGCUAGCGUAAAGCUAGUCUUCUCGGCAAGUUUUUUUUUUUUUCUUUUUCUUCUUCUCUUUCUCUUUCCUCAAAUGGCCGAUCCGAGGAAAGUGCCCUUCGUGACUCUGGCUUCGUUUAACACCUCGACGCCGGUGCCGGAGUCCAAGAAGCGGCGGAGGGAGGAAGAGGGCGAAGGCGGUCUCCAGCAGCACGGGAGGGACGGAGGGCUGUUCAGUAACGGGAAGAGCUCCGGGACUGACUGCAGCGCCGCCGGUUCCGCCGAGUGCAGAUCCACCGUGAGACUCAGUCUGUCCCUGUCCGAGCCCAGCGACAAAGGAUCCACAGAGUUCAGCUACACCGAGCUGAUCCAGCAGGCCACCCAGCAGGUGAGAAAAGCUCCUGAAGGACUCACGCCGGCGCUGGACCCAAACGACCCGCUGGCUGAUCAGGAUCGAGAGAGACGAGAGGUCGAAGCUCUGGCCAGGAAGUUUGAGAGUAAAUAUGGCGGCACCGGGAAGAAGAAAAAGAAGGAUCGGAUGCAGGAUCUCAUUGACAUCGGAUACGGCUACGACGAGACGGAUCCGUUCAUCGACAACUCUGAAGCUUACGACGAGCUGGUCCCUGCCUCCCUCACCACCAAGCUGGGAGGCUUCUACAUCAACACGGGCACUUUGCAGUUCAGACCUGCGUCCGAGAGCGAGGACGAGGACAGGAGCAAGGACGGAAACCACUUCAAGAAGCUGAAGGACGGAGAGGAGCGAGUGAUCAAGAGAAGAAAGAAGAAAGACGGCACUUUAGAGGAGAAGAAACCCAGAAAGAAUCGAGUGUCAAAGCAGGGGGUGUCGGCUCUGAACCGACCCGAGAAGAAGAAGAGGAAGAAGCUGAUGAAGGACUCUCUCUCGCUGGCGGCCAUGAUCCGUCGCUUCACACGUGAGAAAGAGGAGAUGAGGAAGAAGAACCCCGCUUCUGCCGCCGUCACCGCGGCCCCCGGCACCGCCGCGGGCCUCAAACCCCCGAACGUCAACCGCACCGUCCUCAACUCGCACUCCGUCGCCCCCGGCAACGACCUCGCUGACCUCACCAACGAUCCGGCCGUCAUUCCGCUGCUGGGUUCGGCUAACGACGACAUGCUGCAGGACCUGAUGGACGAGCUGGACUUCUCGCUGCUGGAUCCUCCCGAGCUGUCGAGCCUCGAGGGUCAGGGCGAGAACGGCAACGCCGCUGUGCAGAGAGCAGCAGCAGCAGCAGCAGCAGCAGCAGGAGCCUCAGCGGGACGCGUCCAGAGGACCGGUCUCAUCCCCCCUCCUCCACUGCCCAGCGGCCUGCCCGCCCCCCUCGCCAAACGCAUCGAGGACCUGCGAGCGGCGUCUCGGCAGUUUGACAUGGAGGGGAGGAAGAAGUUCUUCACGCUGGACAUGAACAACAUCCUGCUGGACAUUGAGCUGCAGGUGCAGGAGCAGCCGGUUGACGUGCGUGCGGCCGUGUACUCCCACCUGGAGGCCUUCGUGCCGUGUAAUAAGGAGGCCCUGCUGAAGCGACUGAAGAAGCUCAGUCUGAACGUGCAGGACGACAGGCUGAGGAACCCGCUGCUCAAACUCAAGCUGGCCGUCUGCAGCGCCAUGCCCGAGCAGAUCGCCCGCUACAACAUGGACUGUCUGGCCAAAGUGGCAAAGCAGCAGUCGGAGGAGGGCGAGAAGAACGGCUCAGAGGAGGAGGACGAGGAGAGGCCGGGCAAACGGGUGAUGGGACCUCGCAAGAAGUUUGUGUGGGACGAUAAACUCAGGGCUCUGCUGUGUAAUCUGGUCCGAGCGAAGCUAGGCUGUUAUGAGGCUGAGGGUCAGAGCUCUCCCUCUCCUGAAGACUACCUCAAAGCCUUUAUGGAGACCGAGGUGAAACCCCUCUGGCCCAAAGGCUGGAUGCAGGCCAGGAUGCUGAUUAAAGAGAGCCGCAUGGCCCACGGCCACCUCACAGGAAACACAGUGAAGAAGACUCCCAAAGCUAAACCAAAAUCUCAGGAUGGCGUUUGGCUCCAGCAGUCGACCACGCCCACUGCCACGCCCUCUCCCCAGGUGCCCCUCCCUCAGCGGCCCCCCUCCCCCUCGGAGCCCAUCUGCCUGUCGGACUCUCUGGAUGAGGAUUUGGGCGGAGCCCCGUCUCUGGACUCCAUCUCGCAUGCUCUGGCUCUGCUCAGCAGCGCCGCCAAGGGGUUAAUCCAGUCCAACAGCCCGCCCUCCCCUGAGGCUGUUAAACCUGUUAACUCGGGCUCUACACUCGGCCCCGCCUCCUCCAUCAGCUCCUCCACCCCUGUGCUUCCUAAAAAGAGCAUCAUCAAUACCACUGCGUCUGCUUCUCCGGCCACUGGUGGCCCAAUUUUUGUCUCCUCCACCUCCUCCUCUAGCUCUUCUCCCUCUCCAGCUAUCUCUCGGCCUCCAUCUGUGUCUGUUUCUCCCUCCAUCCGGAGUGACGGAAUAGGAGGAACAAAGGUUGGAGCGGUCGGUCUGACUCAGGUGCAGAGACACAGUCUGACGCCGCCGCAGCGACCCAUCGCUACGACCAUCGCUGCAGGCAACAGCAACAAGACGAGUGCAACAUCUCCACCUAAACCGAGGCCGCCGCCCACUGCCUCGCCCCUUAUCCCGCCUCACAAGAGCUUAAAUUCUCCCAUGGCCACACCCCCAGGCCACCACAAACCCGGCAAUAAUAGCAGUACCAUCGGUCGAAUCGGUGCGGGCAGCACGACGCCGUCAUCUCAGUCUCACUCAACGGCACUGCCCAUAUCUUCCUCUUCGUUUUCUUCAUCCGCUUCCUCUUCUUCUGCUUCCUCGCACCUCAACGCUAAAACGCAGCCCAAAAUCUCCUCCUCCCCGUCUCCGUCUCCGUCUCAGCCCAAACCGCAGCCGCCACAGCAUCAGCACCAACAGCCACAGCAGCAGUCGACGUUCGUCACGCCGAUGCAGGCCACGCUCACCAAAUCGCCCCACAGCUCCAACUCUCCCAUCCUCAAGCUCACUCCGCGGGUGACGCCUGUCAGCUCCCCCUCACCCGCCCUCUCCAGGACGCCUACGUUACCCAGCAUGCAUCAGUUCUCUCCUAAAACCGCAGGCUUCCACACGGGGUUCUCGGGCGUCGGCGCCAGUUACAGCACUCCCGUGGGGCAGCAGAAGACUCCCUCUCAGGUGAACAGCAGCGUCCUAACAAGCACUUCCACCCCGAUCACCAAGCACACCUCCCCCUCAGCCGGCUCGGCCAAUCACGGGCCGCGGCAGAGGCCAGCAGGCGUGGCUAAUCAGGGGGCAAAGCCACUGGUGACUGUUUCCUCAGCAACGGCUCCUCAGCUAGCACAGGUGCCGUCGUCCAGCGCCAGUCUGCUGGGUCCCGGCGCUCCGAACCUCCCGCUGAACUUCGGAAUGCUGGGAGGAAUCACUCCCGUCUCCCUGCCCUUCGCCUUCCCCGGCCUGCUGAACCUGCCCACUGUGACAGGAACUAGCGCUGGAGCUAACACUGCUAACCAAAGCAGCUCAGGAUACAGCCUACAGCCCAAUCUGUUAAAGGGUCUCAUGUCAGGUGCUGCUCUGCCUCCGCACUUGCAGCUCGCUUUCUCAGAUGUCAAUCAAAGCCAGAGCGGGGAUCUAAAGAGGAAGCUGUGAUGUCACUCGGAUGACGCUGGACUGUGAUGUCACACUGAAGCACCUCGUACGCAUGGACUGCAGGCUUAACCAAUAAGAAAGAACAGCUCUUUACCUUUUUUUUUUUUUUUUUUGCGGGGGGCGGGGGUUUGAUUUAUAUUUUUUUUCUUUUCUUUUUUUUUUUUUUUUUUGGCAAUUGACUAUUCGGAAUAUAAUUAAUAAUAACAUCCCUGGCCUGGAUGCUUUCUCUCCUUGUUUUGCUAAUGUUUACACACACAGACCUUAAUUGCUGUGGACAGGGAGGGGAAAGUGUUUACGUGUGUGUGGACGCAUACACACACACACACACACACACACACACACACACACACACACACACACACACACACACAUGCUCUGAGUGGAAUAUGAACGAAUGAACAGAACGGACUGAUGGGACGGAUGGAUGGAUGGAUGAAUGGACGGAUGAACUGAUCCCUCUCUUUCUCAGGUGUAGGUCCAUGUCUUUGGUGCUGUUCCAGGUGGAGUUGUUGUUGUUGUUGUUAUUAUAAUUAUUAUUGCUGUUAUUAUUAAAAAAAACAAAACAAACAAAAAAAAAAAAACAAACCCACGGAACAAAGACGAGAGGAGUUUUAUAUCCGGGCGGAAGCAGGGAGCUGAAAUUUGUAUUGUACUUGAAUUUUCAGAAGUUUGUCUACUUGAGCUGAACCUCCACACUAGCGAAAUAAAAAGCAAUAGUUAGUCCAGGAAAAAA